AUGAAAUCCCCCGAUGAAAAAAACUGCGGAUGCAGUGACGCACAUAACCCAAAAUUACCACGGAGCCCCUGGGGUUCCGAGGGGCAUGCUUACCGCCCUGUCAAUCGGAUAUCGUUUGCCUGAGCAACAAUAAGAAGGGUUGUCUCAGUGUUAGCUAGCCCAGUGAAUCCCUCCUGCUGACUGUACAACUCCAGUUUCUCUCUUGUGGGAAAGCCUCACUUGCCAUUGAUGCCUCGUGGUCCGCUGUUAUCCCUCCACUUUUAUAGACCAACAGGCCCUGCCUCACAAGCUGGGGUGAAAUCUUCCAAUUCAACAUUAUCAGUUCCUUCGCUACGCAUAUAAGACUCUAUUUUCCUAACUUGGCUAAACCUAGAACCUCAUUGAGAAGAAUUACAUUCGCCUGACUGCUUCCUCUUUACUUUGUCUAAUUUCUUUAAUACUUCGCGUGUCAUCAUAAUACACUGCCAUAAACAAUUUGGUCUAACUAUCGAUCACCGUGCUAUUACUAUCAAUUCUACAGCUAUGCCUUUGGCCUUGACAUUCGCAAAGCCCAGCCCGCAGGCAGCAGAGGUCCUCUUGCUGGAGGAGUAUUCGAAACCGGAACCAAAGCACGAUGAAGUUCUGAUCGAAUUCCUUGCUGCCCCAGUCAACCAUCUGGACCUUCUAGUUGUCGCAGGCAAAUAUCCUAUAAAGCCAAAAUCCCAGCUCAAUGGGAACAAUGUAGGUGGCUUUGACGGUGUGGGCCGCAUUUUGUCGUGUGGCAAAAGCGUCGACAAAUUUACCCCGGGUGAUCUUGUCAUCCCAAAAAAGCCGGGUCUAGGGACAUGGCGUACACAUGCAACAUUGAGCGCGGACGAUUUGAUCGCGAUCCCCACUAUUCCGGACGUUACGUUUGCGGCGAUUCUCAAAACAUGCGUGCUUCCCGCUUAUUUUUUACUCGAAGACAUGAAGCAGCUGAAGCCAGGCGACUGGAUUAUCCAAAACGCAGGCUUGGGUGCCAUUUCGCAGAUGGUGACUCAGUUUGCGCAUUUACGCGGGGUGAAGGUGAUCUCCAUCAUUCGCGAUCGUUCGCCGGCGACAGACUGGAAUACGGAGGCUGAUAUUGUUCUCAGCGAAUCGGAAUUACCAAACGCAGAAAUUCUUAUGGGAAAACAUAUAGUUCUCGGUCUAGACUCCGUGUUCGGACGGUCGGGAGAAAAGAUCGCCAGCUGCCUCUCAGCCCACGGAACUUUCGUAAAUUAUGGCCAGCUGAGUGGUGGGGGCCCAACAGCCUCCUUCAAUGUUACACAUCGGCAGGUUUUCUGGGAUCGUUUGACAUUUCGGUGCUUUCGAGUCACCGAACAAACCGCUCUGCGCACUGAUUCCGAAAUCAAAGACCUCUAUGCCUGGUUUACCGAACUCUUUGGAGAUGGCAGAUUGAAACUCCCCAAACUGAACGUUGUCAGCUGGUCCGGCGAGCGGGAGAAUGUUGCCGCUAACAUUAGGGCGGCGAUAGCGAGGCAGCAGAGUUCCAUUUUGGGAACACAGAAAACAGUCUUCCUGUACACAUCUGCUACGAAGGCGCCCCAAUGCAUGAUCCCAUACGUCAAUAUAGAAACAGCCUCUGAAGGUAUUGCUGCUGCCUUGAAAAAGAUGCCCAUGAAAAGACAUAUCUUUUAUCUUCUAGCGCAUUCUCCAGGCCUUUUCCCUCCGAUAAUGGGGGUCUACUCAGCGUUCUUCCAGAAAGCUACCCGGACCUUGCCGCUGUUGGAUUGGCAGCUCAUAGUUCUGCGAAUUGCGUCUACUCUAAAAUGCCAAUACGAAUGGGAUGUCAACGCACCCGUUGCCAAAGUUUACGGAAUGAGCGAGGAAGCCAUGAGUGCAGUAAGGGCGUGCAGAAAUAUUACUCUGCAGGGAGGCAACGUGAACCACUCAAACUUUUUCUCAAAGAGACAGCUAUUGAUACUAAAAUUCGUUGACGAGCAGCUGAAGACUUACACCAAUGAGGAGGGUACGAUGGCUCAGCUACUUGGCGUUCUGAGCUAUGCGGAGUUGGUUGAGGCUGUUUUCGUGGUUGGAUUCUAUGUUAUGAUCGCAAGGCUGAUCAAGGCUGUGGGGAUUGAUCCGGAUGCGGAGAUUCCUGGAUUGGAGGAUAUGAUCAGGGCUGGAGUAAACUAAAUUGUUGUCAUACAUGGUGAUCAGAGCUAUAAAUAUAGAAAACAAGUUUUCAGGUUCAAUGUGCUACAAACUCCGUAUAACUUCCCUAGGUGAACCCUAAUAUCGCCCCCAGCUGAACAAGAGGGUUAGUUAAUAGCAACAUGCUAUACUCUUCGGGUGAACUUAAAUUUAACGAAUAAUGUAGACUUCGU